AUGGCACGGAUAAAGAAGAAGGGACAGGCCGGUGCGGCCAAGAACUUCGUGACGCGAAACCAGGCGAUCCGGAAACUGCAGCUCAGCCUCCCCGAUUUCCGAAAACUUUGCAUUUGGAAAGGCAUCUAUCCCCGAGAGCCUCGCAGCAAGAAGAAGGUUUCCAAGUCGUCCACUGCCUCGACCACCUUUUACUACACCAAGGACAUUCAGUAUCUUCUUCAUGAGCCGCUGGUGCAAAAGUUCCGCGACCACAAGGUUCUGGAGAAGAAGAUUUCAAGAGCAUUGGGCCGAGGAGAUGUCAGCGAUGCCGCUCGGCUCGAGGGCAAUGCAAGCCGACCAGACAAGACCGGAAAGCCGACCUACACUCUGGAUCAUGUUGUCCGCGAGCGCUACCCGACGUUUGUCGACGCAUUGAGGGAUCUGGAUGACUGUCUCUCCAUGCUCUUCCUCUUUGCGAACCUGCCCUCGACCUCCAUGGUGCCCGCCAAGAUGAUUGCCCGCUGCGAGCGAUUGUGCCUCGAGUUCCAGCACUAUCUCAUUGUGUCCAAGAGCCUCACAAAGUCCUUCUUGUCUAUCAAGGGUAUCUACUACCAGGCAAACAUCCAGGGCGAGGAGGUCCUGUGGCUGGUUCCGUACAAGUUCAACCAGAGAAUCGUCGGUGAUGUCGACUUCCGCAUCAUGGGAACCUUUGUCGAGUUCUACAUGACACUUCUCGGCUUUGUCAACUUUAGGCUUUAUACCUCAAUUGGCCUCAAGUACCCGCCCAAGUUUGAUGCUGUCAAGGAUGAGGAUGCUGCCGAGCUGGGCGCCUUUACCCUGGAGGGCAAGACCCUGGUUGGCGGCGAAGAGCAGAGCAAGCUGGAGGAUGUCGCUCACAAGCCAGACCCCAAGGUCCAAGCUGCUGUUAACAAAGUUCUCAAGAACAUGGCAAACGGAGGAGCGAAUGGAGCCGCUACUGACGAUACCUCAAUGGCAGACACCCAGGAGGCAGAUGAAGACGCUGCUGGUGCCAUUGACAAGUUCGAGCCCGCUGCCCCUGGCGGCGACAUCCUCCCCCAGCCAUCAUACACUGGCACUAGCCCCAACACCCUCUUUUCAAACUUCACAAUUUACCUGUCCCGUGAGACUCCCCGCCAGCCCCUCGAGUUCAUCCUCAAGUCCUUCGGCUGCAAGCGUGUCGGCUGGGACGCCGUCCUCGGUGGUGGCGCUUUCACAACUGAUGAGCUUGACCCAUCAAUCACUCACCAGAUCGUCGACCGACCCCCGAUACAAGCCUCAAUGAAUGAGGAAGGCGAUGGCGAGGAUAACCAGACGGCGCAAAAGCUGGCAGCCAACAGACGUGUACCGGGCCGGAUAUACAUCCAGCCUCAGUGGGUCUGGGAUUCUGUCAACGAUGGUGAGCUCAAAGAGCCCCAUGUGUAUGCGCCAGGCGCAUCGCUGCCCCCGCAUCUGAGUCCCUUUGUCAGAAAGGUACAGGGAGCCUAUGACCCCACGAUGUCUCUUGAGGAGCAGGAGCCUGAGGCCGAAGCCCUCGAGGCUGGUGACGAUGAUGAAGAUGUUGAUGCGGAUGAGACUGUAGAGGGCAUGGAUGUUGCAGAGGAUGACGAAGAUGAAGAUGAGGACGAGGCCGAGGCCGACGAAGAUGAAGCCGAGGAGGAAGAGGAUGAAGCCGAGGAGGAAGAGGACGCAGACGAGGCUCUGCAGCGACAGAUUGAGCUUGAAGCCGAGAUGUCUGGCAAGACAGUCAAAUCAAAGGCUGCCAACCCGAAGACCAAGGCCAAGGAGGACGCACGAAAGGCCCUUGCAAAGAAGGCCCGUGAAGAGGCCGAAGACUUGGAUCGAGCCAAGGGAAUGCUGAGCAAGAAAAAGAGAAAGCUGUUUGAGCAGAUGCAGUACACAAACAACAAGAAGAGCGCAGAGGAUGCCAAGCUGCGGUCCAAGAGGAGAAAGCUGGAAAAGGAAAAGGCCAACGGCAAGGCUAAACUCAUUCAUGUCAAGAAGCAGCCGCCUGUCGAUGGUGAGGUGACUGCCGGCCAAGGCAUGGAUCGAAGCUCUCCCGAGUGGGAUCUCGACAGCGACGAGAUCGCAUCCGUCACAUCCCAAGAUCUACACGAGAACCGACCAAACCGAUGGACAGGAACUCGGAGAACAUGGCAGCGCUUGACUGCGGAGGAACGGCGGCUCUGGCAAUCGAUGGAGGCUGUCGAAGGUCAAGAUCUGGCGAUUCACUUGUUUAACGCACAUGCGCUCAAGAGGCGAGGCAAAGAUUCUCGAACUGCGCAGGAUGUUACGGUUACCUUGGAAAACGGAGAGCAGGGCAUAUGGGCGCCUCCUCGAGUUUGGACAGCGUGGCCGUUGAACGAAAGUCGGGUCCCGCAGCAGAAGCACAUCCGGGGAGAGGAUGACGAUGGGUAUGGAAAGUUUACAUUUCGCAAGGCGGAGCGACGGAUGCCUAGCUCUGAGUUGCAUGAGGAGCUGGGAGCGACGAUAUUAAGGCUGGCUGGAGAGCGUUUUCACAGGAGCAAAGCUAGAGAGCAGAGGAAAACUGUGCUUGCAUCUAUUGAAGCAGAUGUGACGUCUUUGAAUCAAGGCGAAUCUCAGAGACAAGGCCAAGACACACCCGGCGUAUCGGAUCCAUCUUCCGAGGAUGAGAAAAUGAUGAUUGACGAUGAAGGAGGCAAGGAUGAGGCAGCACUACCAAAAAGAAGAAAGGGAGAGAUACUGAGGGCAAAGGAGCCUGUUAUGUCUUCCAACGACGAUUUAUCUUACGAAAUCAUUCGGCCAUCUGUCCGACACAUACUUUCACAGCUGGACUCGACCUUGCAGAUCCUCCACAAUGCCCGCAUCGCCACCACAAAUUACGCAUCCGAUUCUUCAGCAACCUCCGACUCGGAAUCUGAUGCCCAUUCCGGCCCCAAGCGUGGACGUGGUCGCCCUCGCAGCACUCAGCUCACAGGGACGGAAACUUCGCCUCGUCCAGAUGGCGCCGUCGCACCGAAGGCCAGCAAAAGAGGCCGUCCACGAAAGGUCCACAUCCCUCACGAAGGCGAGACGCAUGAAGAAAUGCUCCUUCGCAUUGCACGCCAAUCCCACAGAAGACUCCCGACAUUAGCGCACGACAGAGACGCAGCAUUCGAGGAAUGGCUUCGCCAGGGUGACGAGAGGCUGGCGCGCGAAGAGGCCCUCCUUAGAGAGGAGGAAGAGCUGGGCAUCGGGCCGCAAGACAGCGCCCAGGAGAGACGGCUUCGAAGGCUCGGCCUCCGCGACUGGAGCGACGUGGUCGGCGCCGCCGCCCUGGCAGGCUUCUCGCCUCAGGUCAUUGCCCGGACGGCAAAGCGAUGCGCUAAUCUAUUUGGUCAAGGCAUGGUGAUGAGGCGUCUAGAUGAGGCGCCUGCUUCCAGAGCACCGGCUUUUCACACAAUGGAGUACCGGCCGGAGAAGAUCAAGCUCGGCUCGGACGAAGAGUCCGAUUCAGACAGCCAAGCGGGUGCCGUCACUGCUGCUUCGUCCCGCAACAACACGCUCUCUCGCCAGGCGUCGCUGGCCCGCCUCUCGAGCCGCGGCCGUAGUUCGUCCCCUUUCCGCGGCCGCUCCUCGCCUCACUCGGCGUCCUCCGCCUUUGGCACGCCCAGGAACGGCACGCCUUGGAAUCGCUCGCAGUCAAAAUCUCGAUCGAGGUCCCGCUCCUCGGCAGGCUUCCACCUUUGCCCGGUCCCGACGUGCGAGCGCUCGGCGACGGGCUUCGCGAGGAGGCAGAAUCUGCGGCGGCAUAUGCAGCUUGUGCAUCCUGGACGGGGGGACGACGACGAGGAGUGGGAUAGUGAGGACGAGAUGUUCGGCGCGGUGCAUGUGGAUGGCUUCUUGAAGCCGAUUAAUCCUGCUAGGGGAUGGAGGGAGAGCGUGGCAGCGAACUCAUUGGUGAUUAGGAAAAGAGGGCGAGAGAGGCGGAUGGGAGAAGAUGAGGACGACGACGAUGAUUAUAAUAGGGGGUCGCGAUCAUGA